AUGAUUGAAGAAGAAGGUUUUCUCAAUGUUAAUGUGACUAAAGAACCUGAAUUUGAAGAAGUGUCUUCUGGAGAUGAGGUGUCUCAAGAUGAUGAUGAUAAAGAUAUAACUCAAGUAGCUGGAUCUGACCAACCUAAUUUUUUUUCUAAUGAGUUUUCACCUGAAAUGAUUGAAGAUAUCAAGUUUCUAACCACACAUUGUAGAUUCGGAGCAACAGUUCAAAGAAAAUUUUUAGAAGGAAAAUAUCCUUCACAACCUAUUUAUUCCAAGGAUUUGUAUGCAGUUAUUCAAAAAUUUAUACCAACUUCUGAAAUGUUAUUGAAUGAUGCAGCUUCAAUGUCCAAUUGGUUGGAUAAUAAAAAAAAUGAGGAUUCUCG